UUGAUGGAAUGAUUGAAUGGAUGAUCUUGUACAGUAGAUAACUGUUGUUUGUUUUUUUUUUGUAUUCUUUUUUCGAAAAAAGAAAAAAACAAAAAAACAAAAACGAAUCCAUUUAAAAGGAUUAUCAAUUUGGCAAAUUAUUCAAUCUAAUUUUAUUGUUGUAAUGAAUGAAUUAGACGAAUCCUUAACAACUAAUCAACAGAAAUCAAAUUAUCUACGUUUUCAUAAACCAUUUCAUGUACAAAUAGCUAAAACAAGCGCUUUAUGUUAUACAUGGAUUUCUUUAGGAUUAUAUAGUGAAAUAUUAGGUCCAACAUUACCUACUCUUAUGUAUAAUACAAAAUCGAAUUAUGAACAAAUUGGUAUGGCAUUAUCAACAAGAGGAAUUGGUUUAUUAUUUGGUUCAUUAAUUGGUGGAAUAUUAUCUGAUCGUUAUAAAUCAUUACGUAGUCUAUUUAUCAUGUUAUCAUUAAUAAUUGGUGCUAUAACAACCCUAAUUAUACCAUGGUGUAUAAAUAUAAUUAUAUUAACAAUUAUAUUAUUUAUAGCUGGAUUCUCACAUGGUUUCUUAACAACAAGUAAGUAGUUAUAUUAUGAUCAAUUGUUAGGUAAAUUCAUAAUGUAGUUUAAUAUAAAAAUGAAUUACUUACUUACUUACUUACGCCUGUUACUCCUCAUGGAGGGGCAUAAGCCGCCCACCAGCACUCUCCAUACAAACCUGUUCUGGGCAUUCAUUUCCAGCUAUUUCCAGUUGUUAUUCAUCCUUUUCAUAUCUACUUCUAUUUCCUGACGUAAUGUGUUCUUUGGCCUUCCUCUUUUCCACAUCUCUUCACGAUCCCAAGUUAGCACUUACCUCGUGAUGCAGUUUGUAUGUUCUAUCCAUUUUCAUCGUCUUUACCUGGUUUCCUCUUCAGCUGGAAUCUGGUUUGUUCUUUCCCACUGAAUGCUGUUACUGAUGGUAUCCGGUUAAUAAUGGAUGUUGAGUAUCUUGCGUAGACAACUAUUUAUAAAUAUUUGUGCAUGUUUGAUGAUGGUUGUUGUAGUUCUCCAUGUUCCAUCUCUGUACAGUAUGACUGACUGUCUUGACGUCCGUAUUAAAGAUUCUGGAUAAAUUACUUCAGGUUACUUUAAAAAACAAGAAAUUAUGACUCAGUCAGUAAAAAAUACUUUAUAUCUGAGACUGGAAUUUAAAAGGGGAUAUAGAGGGUGAUAUUCUAACACAUCGACUCAAAAGAUCUGUCAAAAGGACGUUUCAUGCCGCCAAGCUGCAUAUAAUUUUCCCAACUAAAUCAGUAUUUACACAACUAAUCAAUGAUAGGUUACUGAUGAUGGGCUCCCUCAUGUGUGUAUACCAAUUCAACUGCUCCUGUGGAGCUAGUUGCAUAGGUUGUACCCAGAGGGCUUUGUCCUUGCAUGUUUGUGAACAUGUACCAGUAUAGUUGGGAAAAGGAGUUACUAAAUCGAUCAACAGCACUAUUCUUUAUAACUUGAUACAUAGUGAACAUCAUAUCAAAAUAGAGGAAGCUUUCUCUGUUUUAUAUCAAGUUCCAAAAAAUGUAUCUUAAAAAGCUAGGUUACGGUUACUCUACAUAGCCUAAACCAUCUGGAUCAAUUCCAGAAAACCAAACUUAUGUAUCCAGCCUGUAUGUUUACCUUGGCCUACGAUUGGAUCACCGGAUACCUAAAUUGAGUAUUAUAAACCUUUUACCCCCUUCCUUUUUUUAUUACUUCUACCUUAAUCUUCACAUCCGUCAUCCCUAAUUCACAUGAAUUGAAGUAUAUGUGUCGUAACACAUGCAAACGUUUACCAUUUUCAACAGAUAACAUUGUCCAUUUCAUUAAUACACGCCUAAUUUGGCCUUUGCGGCCUGGAUAGCUCAGUGGUAACUGCUCUGACUGUGAAGCUGGGCGACACGGGAUCGAAUCCAUUAGAGAGCAUCAGUUCCCUCACGAUUACAGGCGCACCAUUCUGACGAGUGCCAAGUAGCACGAAACCUAUCUCCAGGGUUUCGUGUUCACAACCUUAUAUUAGCCUUUGUAAAACAUCACAAUACUUAUGGACUUAUAACCGUAGAGCGUGAUAAUGAAGUUAUUGAUAAUAUUUAUUCGAUUGAAUAGUCUUCAUUUUGCAUAUAUUAUCUUACAGUUUAUGAUUACUCUUUUUGAGAUAUAAACAUUUGAUAGUAGUUUAUUCACUUCGGUAGUAAAUUUUAAUUCGGUAAAGGAUCUAUUCAUCUCUAUUAUGGUAUAUCCAUGAUUAACUCAGUAAUAUAUAAAUACCUUUGAAAACUAGACAGGAUUGAAAAAACUCUAUGUCUUAGUGUUGAACACUUCAGUUGUUCACUUCCAAGACCUCACCAGGCAUUGAUUAACAUGGGACGAGGGCUUAAUCAUGAAACCAUUUAGUUGAAAUCCAGAAGUACAUAUUCCCAAAUUCGUUCACUUCAUAAUCGUUUAAUUUCUCAUAUGUUUGAAUUUCAUCGAUUAACGCUUGCCAAAUGAACUCAGAGAACAUAUCUAUAUUUAAAUCACUGUUGUGUACACGAUUAUAGUUUUACUGGAGCUGUUUUUUGGGGGGUUAUUUUAGUUCAUAUAUUUUAUUAAGUCCCUGAUGGAAUCAUGUGUACUUACUGUUAUAUUGUACUAAAAGAUAGCUAUUCAGUGUUUUUGUGUUUUCAAUGGCAUUUUAAUUGGCAUCAAUAUUUACUGAAUACCAUUUAUAAUUCACCUUUAGAAACCAAACAUGAAAUUCAACAAAAACGACCGUUGAGGGCCUAACCAAUCCUCUAGAGCUUAGGCGUUCGCCAUGAGAUCGAACUAUCUGGGUUUGAUUGUCAGAUGAUGAAUUAAACUCUGAAUGUGUUUUGAUGGAGACCAGCAUUCAAAAUGUUUUCAUUUAUGAAACAUCUCAUGAAUUCAUUGAUAUAUCGAUCCAGCUGUACUGGAUGUUCUAGAAUCCUCUUCACAUUGAGCCACUUAUUUGCCUAGCUUGAUAGAGGCAAGUUAAAUGAAAUAGCUUGUCGUUUAAUUUACUGUUAAAUAUUGGUCGACUGAAGAACAAUAACAAUGUUGUUGAGAAGAAUGUUGUUUUACGGAAGUUAGAAGUCUUAUUCUUACAGAUAUCUACAGUUUUGUCAUCUUUGAAAUCAAUGAUCAAGUGAAAUACUUUCUUCUAUACUGUAUUCUUAUUACUAUCUUCAGACAGAUUAUAUUCACAUUAAUAAACGUAUUACUAAUUGUCGUUAUAGUAAAAAGAGUUUUAUAUGCUAUAACUUGUGCCCUGUGUUCUAUUAAUGCAUAACGUAAUGAUACCGCCAAUUAGAGAACAGUGUUUUAUCGACCGGACCAAUGACACAAAACCCGUACGAGCAGUCCAGAGCCCUUAUCGGUUCUGCUUCCCGCCUAACCCUGUCUGUUAAGUCCAUGGUCUGUGAUAUGAAUCAUUUAUUUCAAACAUACGAGGUUUAUAUAUCAACCAAACAAACCACAUCGCACCACAAAAUAGGAAACAACAUUUGUACAAGAUUUAGCCAAAUGUGGGUGUGAAUGUAGGAGAUAGUAAUUGAUAGACUGGGCAUAACUCAAGAAUGGUAAAUCGUAUUAUAAUAGUCUAUGGGUCAAAUUAAAGCUUAUAAUUAGAGGGACAUGAAUAUGCAUAGUUUAGUUAUGUGACAAUUAUACGAUAAAAAUAUUAAUCCAUAAAUGGAUCCCAAAAGUUACCCUUUAUUAUUCUCAUCAGAAUAUCACAAUAUAUCUACAGUUUUACAGCUUAAUUCAUUAAAGAAUAAACAUUUAUCUUGUAACCAUUCUUGCUUGUUUCUAUACCUCAUUUAUUCAUUAAAUAUGAAGAUAUUAAGAGGAUUAAUUGAAUGGAUUUCAUAAACAAUUAUAAGUGAGAUAAACACAAUAUCAAAUAGUUUGUAUCCAACUUAUUUAUUUACUAAUUGAAAUCUUGAACCGAUUGAUAUUGGACUACCAUUGAAAACUGGAAGCAUUGCAGUUAGGUUUCGUCCUAUUGUGGGGCUCCUCAGUAAUGCUCAUUUACGAUCCCGCUUAGCGGGAUUUGAAUCCAGGGCCUUCAAUCUCGCAUGCGAACACUUAACCUAUUAGACCAUUGAACCGGUAUCCAAUGGUCUUAAUGUCUAACGUCUAUCGAACUCUGUCCUAAGCAACUCAUUAACACUAAUUUUCUUAAUAUAAUUUGAUCAUUUAAAUUGUUUGUGAGAAUGUACGUUAAGAAUAGUAUGAUUUCAAGAUUAGGAGAAUGGUGAAUAACUCUUCAAAUGAUCAAUCUCGAUACUGUAACUGUACUAUGCUUGAUAUUUGGUACUGAUUAUAAUUUUUUCGUUCUUUCUUUCUAAAAAUUACAUUUCAUGACGUUAACUAAACGUUUUCAUUGUAUAUUGAUACAUACAUUCACGAUUAUCAUAUUGUAUUCGUAAUGAAUGAUGUCAAUAUGAUUGAAUUUCGGAAAAAAAUAUAUAAAAGAAUAAUCAGUGAAAUUAUACCGUUAGUACUGUCAAAAGAUAAAAAGAGAAUGUUGAGUUGCAUUGUAAGUAAGCGAUGUACAUAUACGAUGUAUGUUACUAAUGUUUGCAUAUAUAAGUAGUAUGUAAAUAAUGAUAAACGGUGGCACAGUUUCGUGAAUUGGUUGAGAUUAGACAUUAACAUCGUUGCAUACCGGCUCAGUGAUCUAGUGGUUAAGCGCUCUUGUGCGAGGUCGAUAGCUCCUUGGUUCGAACCCAGCGGGUGGGAUCGUGAUUGCGCACUGCUGAGAAGUGGAUACGCCUGCGCCAUUGCAAACGAUUUUGAUCCAUGUCAUUCAAGGUUUCUAACCAUCGGUUGUUAUCGUCUCGCUGAUCUCAACCAUGUAGUCUACACCUAUCGACAUGGCUUACACAGUCCACUAGUCAUUGACUUCAUGGAUUUGUGACCUUGGAAGUGUCUAGAGCUAAAUGAGGGUUGUAAACCUGUAUGAGGAAUUAAAGUUCUAAUUUACAAUUGAUGAUUAAGGUUAGGAAUUAGAUUUACGGUUUUUCAUCACAAACUGACAUCAGCUAAAAUGCCAAGACGCUAUUUGACCAAGACUUGUUAUCCUGAAUCUAAUUGGUUAGUUCAUAAAUUAUAAUCUCGCCAGAUAUAGAAAUAAUGUAUUUGUUGUAUAAUUUUCACAUUUUACUAAACGACUAUAUAAUUGUGCAUGAAACAAUAAAUUGGUUAUUCUCACCGACUUGUCAUGUGCUACAAUCUAUACAUACAUCUGUAUGAAUAAGCACUAGAUUUUCUGUCAAUCAUUGAUUUCCAAUAUUCGGGAAUGUUAAAUGUUAAUAUUUUAUUUUUCUGAUAGAUAUAUCAUACGCACUUUCUGAAUUUCACUUCUAGUCAUCAUCCAUUUCUUACUUACUUACUUACUUACGCCUGUUACUCCUCAUGGAGGAGCAUAAGCCGCCCACCAGCACUCUCCAUACAAACCUGUUCUGGGCAUUCAUUUCCAGCUAUUUCCAGUUGUUAUUCAUCCUUUUCAUAUCUACUUCUAUUUCCUGACGUAAUGUGUUCUUUGGCCUUCCUCUUUUCCACAUCUCUUCACGAUCCCAAGUUAGCACUUACCUCGUGAUGCAGUUUGUAUGUUCUAUCCAUUUUCAUCGUCUUUACCUGGUUUCCUCUUCAGCUGGAAUCUGGUUUGUUCUUUCCCACUGAAUGCUGUUACUGAUGGUAUCAGGUUAAUAAUGGAUGUUGAGUAUCUUGCGUAGACAACUAUUUAUAAAUAUUUGUGCAUGUUUGAUGAUGGUUGUUGUAGUUCUCCAUGUUCCAUCUCUGUACAGUAUGACUGACUGUCCUGACCUUUGUAUUGAAGAUUUUGACUUUGAUAUUGGUUGGAAGUUGUUAACCAGGAAAAAUAAUUCAUUGUAUAAUCUACGGUUACUUACUUAAUUACUUACUCCUGUUACUCUCAAUGGAGCAUAGGCCGCCGACCAGCAUUCUUCAACCCACUCUGUCCUGGGACUUCUUUUCUAAUUCCAUCCAAUUCUUGUUCAUUUUUGUCAUGUCUAUUUCCAUUUGCCGGCGUAAUGUGUUCUUUGGUCUUCCACUUCUCCUCCUUUGGCCUUGAGGAUUCCAUGUGACGGCUUGCCUUGUGACACAGUUGAGUGCUUUCCUCAAUGUGUGUCCUAUCCACUUCCAGCACUUCUUCCUGAUUUCUUCUUCCACUAGAAUCUGGUUUGUUCUCUCCCACAAUAGGUUGUUGCUGAUAGUGUUUGGCAAACGGAUCCGAAGUAUUUUGCAUAGACAACUAUUUAUAAACACUUGUAUCUUCUGGAUGAUAACUUUCAUAGUUCUCCAGGUUUCUGCCCCAUACAGUAGAACUGUCUUGACAUUUGUAUUGAAAAUCCUGACCUUGGUGUUGGUUGACAGUUGCUUUGAGUUCCAGAUGUUCCUCAGCUGUAAAUAUGCUGCUCUUGCUUUGUCGAUCCGCGCCUUCACAUCUGCAUCAGAUCCACCCUGUUCAUCAAUGAUGCUGCCCAAAUACGUAAAGGUUCUUACAUCUUCCAAAUCUUCUCCGUCAAUUGUGAUUGGAUUGGUGCAUUCUGUGUUGUAUCGGAGAAUCCUGCUUUUCCCUUUGUGUAUAUUGACACCUACUGCUGCUGAGGCUGCUGCCACAUUGUUCGUCUUCUCCUGCACAUGUUGUUGCAUUUGGUAUAGAAGGGCCAGAUCAUCUGCGAAGUCUAGACCGUCCAACUGCAUCUUAGAUGUCCAUUGUAUCCCGUGCUUCCCUUCAUAAUCUACGGUAACAAAAAUAAAUUAUAGUUACCAAGUUAUCAAUUUUAAAAAUUAUGAUCACUGCUGUUAUCUGGUUAAUCAGGAAAUCUUGUUUCUUUUUUUGUCUCGAAGAUUUCAUUUGUUAGAUCAUCUUGUUCUUUACAACCCAUUCUCCUUAACGAAGACGUAAAACAAUAAUGUUAUUCAAACUUUUCUCUUAUUUCCUGUAAUUCACAUGGGAUUUGUUGUUUGUGUGUGUGUGUCUGUGUUUCUUUGUUUUUUUUAUAUUGUAGGCGGUAAUCCACUACUUGCUUCUGUUUGGGAAGAAAAAGCAGCUGGACCAUUUAGUUUAAUGCAUUCCGGUUAUGGUAUGGGAGCAGCAUUAGCUCCUUUAUUAGUGAAACCAUUUACAAUUCCUUCAACUUCAGUUAAUAAUAUUACAAAUAAUAAUCAUUCCUUAGCAACAAAUAUUGCUACUAAACAAGAUAAUUCAACUGAAUUAGUGAUUGUCAAUGCUGUGAUACCUUAUUCAAUCGUUGCUGGAAUUGUAUUAUUUUGUGUAUUUUAUUUUUUAAUAAUUAUGUGUAUUGAUCAUUCAACAAAUCCAGAACACAAUGGAAUUAUGUCAUUAAGAAAUAAUAACAAUUCCAAGAUUACCUCAUCAUCAUGGAAACAAUUUUUUACUAAGAAACAUUUAUUCCAUUCUAUUAAAUUCAUUCAAUCUAUCAUUUGUCAAAAAUGUCAUACAAUUAAAAAGAUUCAUUUAAUCAUUAUUAGUUGUACAUUUAUAGCAUUCUUUACAAUUGUUGGUAAUGAACGUGUAUUUGGUAAAUUUAUGUUUACUUAUGCAUUAUAUGGUCCUAUACAAUUAAAUAUUAAAGAUAGUUAUCUAAUUAAUCUUAUAUAUUGGUUAUGUUUUUGUAUAGGACGUAUUUUAUUAUUUCUAUUAGCACUAUGGAUUAAAGCUACUAUAUUAUUAUUAGUAUUAUGUAUUGGUACAUUAUGUAGUUCCAUUGGUUUAAUUAUAUUACCUUAUGAAAAAUUAUGGUUUUAUUUAUGUACAAUAUUAUUUGGUUUAUUUAAAAGUCCAUUAUUUCCAAUUACCUUAGCAACUAUUAAUUAUUCAUAUGAAAUUAAUGGUUUUUUAAUUAUUAUAGUCAAUUUUGGUAGUUCAUUUGGUGCUACAUUAUUACAAUUUAUUACUGGUUAUUUAAUACAUCAAUAUGGACAAAUGAUAUUUCCAUAUUUAGUAACUAGUACAUCAUUAUUAUUAUUGAUUACAUCUAUUAUAUUAAUAUUCAGUUUAUUACAUAUUGGUAAUCGAUUUAAACAUUUAAAUCAUAUUAUCAUUGAUACAAUGAAUGAAUCAAUCAAUGAAAAUAAUCAAUACACUACUAAUACUAUUAACACUAAUACUACUAAUACUACUACUACUACUAAUAAUAAUAAUGAUAAUGAUAAUAAUACAUCUCCUAUAACCAUAUUACCAAGAUCAAAAGUGAUUCAAUCGAAAUUCAAUAAACAAAUCAAUUCGAUCAAUAAUAAUAAUAAUAAUGAAAAAUUAUAAAAUUUGAAUUGAUUGAUUUAUUGAUUUUUUUUCUUCAUUUUUUUAUUAUUUCAUAUUGGAUAAUCAAUAAUUAUGAAUUAUGUGAAUAGUAGAGUUCGUAUAUAGAAGAGAGAAUUUUCUAGGUAAAUAAUAUUAUUGAUUUUUAUUUUGAAUUUUUUUCUUUUUUUUAAAAAAAACAAACAAACAAUAUUUCAUUUUUAUUAUUAUUUACUUACCUGCGCCUGUUACUUCUGAUGGAGCAUAGGCCUCAGACUCACUCUGUCCUGGGCCUUCUUUUCUAGUUCCAUCUAAUUCUUGUGCAUUUUUCUCAUGCCUAUAUCCAUUUCUUGGCGUAACUUGUUCUUUGGUCUUCCACUUCUCCUCCUUUAGCCUUAAGGAUUCCAUGUGAGGGCUUGUCUUGUGAUGCAGUUGGGUGCUUUCCUCAAUGUGUGUCCUAUCUUAUUUAUUAUUUGAUGAAAAAAAAUUAAAGAGAAAAAAUCAAAAAAAAAAAGAAAUUUCAUAAAAUCUAUAGAGAAAAUCUUGUUUCUCAUUACGUAUUCAAUUAAUUUUUUUCUUUUUCUUUACUUUUUUUUCUUUUUUUUGAAAAAAAAGAAAAAAAAAUUUUUUUUUGUGAUCUCGGUGUAAUCAUGUUAUAUUGUUAUUUCAUUGGAAUAAAUUAUCUUUGAAAUUAAUGGUGA